GAAGAUCUGGCACGCCGUACGCAGCAACGGCUCUCUCAGUAUUUCAGUUACACGUACACGAUCAGUAGUUUCAAUCCUCCGACCGCGAAGAACAGGAGGGUUUCGAGUUGCGCCACGAUUCUUCUCGCCGCACUCUUCGAUCGCGACUCUGUACCUGUUUCUCUCCUGGAACUCGCGACCAGCUGGCGCGUUUCGUGUUCGGCGAAGGACAGUAAUUCGCGUUGCACGAAGCGCGCGCGCAGGAUCGAAGGACCAAAGGCGCAAGGAGUUUUUCAAGUUCUCUGCCUCUCCCUUUGUUACGAUAGUUUGCCAGUGGAAGAUACAGCAACCAAGUCUUUCCAACUGAGGAGGACUGACGGUCGGAUGCUUGUAUGUACUAAGUUCGACAGGAGAAUCAAUGAGAUGCUGUAUUUCAGUUUCACAAGGUUCUUGUACUGUCAGUUGUCAGAGGAGAAAGUACUAUAACGAAGUCACAUGACUAGGGAAAGGGUCAUUGAACAUAUGUAAAAACGUAGAACUUGAGUUCAGCGGAGAGAUAUUGUGAACACGUGUACAAAAAUCUGUGCAUGUUCAUUGAAAAUUGUUUGACGUUUCCACGCUAAAGACAAUCCGUUCUCUGUUGUCUGCUGGAUGAUGAUACAUCCGCACGUGUAGACGCAAUAGACAAGCCGAGAACGGGAAACAUUAAUUUUGUUAUUGCACGAACACAUAUAUGCUUUCUCCCAUGCGUCAUUCCAGUUUCUCUCCGAAGAAUGAUUGUACGUACACGUGCUUGGCACGAUUGCAAGGACGGGGGACAGAAACCUUACGACCAGCAUGGUGUCGAGUGUGAUAAUUAGUAUCACGCGUUGCUCGGAUGAAACGAUAGUUUCAGCAAACACCAAACGCGCGUAAUAAACUCAUUUUGUACGUUUUCCCUCGAACGAAUUUCCGAUCGAUCAGUUUCUGUUUCGAAAUAUAUUUACACAAACGUGUCGUUCGACUAGUAGAACUCCGAGGCUCAGGUGAAUCGAUGAACAUUAAUAAGUACACACAGCGAAAUGAUUCGUAGACAUUAUUUAUCAGCGUUAGAUAUCUGCAAUAUUAUCUCGAGUACGGCUAGGGUAAACGUCAGUAUUUUUAUUAGAAGCCUGCGAUAAUCAGAUAAAAUUAUAUGCUAACAGAACCGAAGCUUAAACUACUGAGUGGUAAAUUAAGCGAACUAGAAGAAGGAAUAAGUGAGAAUUUGCUGACUGUGUUCAUACAAGUUUGAGGACACGAAUGUAAAGCAGGACGCCGGCACGGCACGAUAACGGGUUGUCUAUAAUGCGAUAACGAUCCGCGCACAAGGUUACGAUUCAGAGUUUGCCAUCACGGUUGCUGCAACGCUAGUAGAAAAACGCGACCUGCAUAUAGCCCCCGAAAUAUAGAACGUAAAUGAGUCAUUGCACUGAAAACGGAAAUGAGGAACAAAGGUUUCGCUCGUUUAGCGCAGACCGUCAGCGGAGCUCGUGUUUAGGCAAUAGUAUCGCACAGUAUCGCACAGUAUGUUGAUCGAGAGGUGAACCUUUCUUAGAAGAAACUGACAUUUACUUAGGCUUGUUAAUCGAAUUGUGAUCCCGCGUGAGUCGUAUCUCAAACAGACGAAAUCUUGAACGAAGUGAGUGUUUUUUUUUUUAACUUUUCAUCAGUCGUAAGUUCUACACGUAUGUGUAUUUAUACGAGGAGAUAAGAAAGGAAUGGUAUCGGAAAUUGGCGUUAUAAAAUGCCGAUCAUGCAUUUUACGAGCGCGAGUGAAUUAUCAGCAAUAAUUGUUGGUCGUCGCUGUCUGUGAUACUACGAAAAGUGUAGAUACACCUGUGGAAUUCCCCGAAACGAAUAGAAAUCGUGAGUGUUUUAGUGUCAAGAAAGAGAGGGAACAGACUUGAGUACGCUAGUACUUUUCGCGGAGAACACGCGCUUCGGCAAGAGGAACCGUUGAAGUGUUUCUCACUUAUUGAUACUUAACACGUUACGAGGCGGAACUGUUAAAAACUUCGUAACAAUAGAAGUUUUAAACAAGCAUGACAGCAUCUAAUGUAACGCGUUAUCACCGGAAGAUAAUAUAUAAAAGAAUUCUAAUCUCUCCACGAAAGUAAAUAACGUUUUUAUCGAAGAAAGAGAAAGACACGGACGAAGUGUACACGCUGAAAGCUGGCAUUGAUCGUUAAGUUCGAUGCCGUGUAGAUGAUCAAAAUAUUUUGAUAUGCAUUGUUCAAGACAGUGAAUUCUGAAAAGCGAGCGGGAAACGAGCAGUUUCAUUGAGUAAGCGCGGUUUUUAUUGCGAAACGAUUGCCACGAAUUACGUAAUUGAGAGACAGAGAAGAGACGUGUAAAAGCGCAUUGAGGAUGACCUUCGCAGCCUUCUUGUCUGUUCGUCCAUCACUAAGAGAGAAUAGCCCGGAGAUAAGGACGAUUUAAUUAAUACCCACCGGCAGUGAUCGUUCCGACGGUGUUCGACCAACAAUAAUCCGGGAGAAGAAGAUGCGGCACGCGGUGUCGGGACAGAUAACUCUCGGCGAGGAUUCGACGGGAAAAGCGUCGACGUGAUCUUGUAGAAAAGGCGGUCGGAAUUUGUUAUGCCGUUUCUCUCUGCGCAACCGCAGGUGUAUCGCGAGAGAUAUGACGGUCACUUACACUGCCGAAGUCGCUACCUGCAGAGGUCUCGGUUGCUUUCUAAAAUUACUCCUAAGAUGGCGAGCAAGUAUAUACAAGCUCGUCUGGCUGGAUCUAGCCCUCUUCCUCUCAAUUUACUACUCGCUUUCGGGUAUGUACCGAUUCCUACUGGACGACGAUCAGAAGAAGACAUUCGAGGCUGUGGUAGCCUAUUGCAACGAGUACAACGAUCUGAUACCGUUGUCUUUCGUUUUGGGUUUUUACGUCAGUAUCGUCAUGACUCGAUGGUGGAAUCAAUACAUGGUAAUACCCUGGCCAGAUUCAAUCGCGGUCUUCGUGUCCGCCACCAUUCAUGGCAACGACGAGAGAGGUCGAUUAAUGCGCCGAACCAUCGUCAGGUACGUCUGCGUUUGCUUAACGUUGGUACUGGCGAUGGUCUCGCCGCGGGUUAAGAAACGAUUCCCGACAUUGGAGCAUUUCGUGGAGGCCGGUCUACUGUUAGAAAACGAGCUGGUGAUAUUCGAGAGUCUGAACUCGAAGUUCCCCAAACCUAGCAAACAUUGGUUGCCGAUAGUAUGGGCGUCGAGCAUCGUGACGCGAGCGAGGAAAGAAGGUCGCAUACGCGACGACUUUGCCGUGAAGACGUUGAUAGACGAGUUAAACAAGUUCCGCGGUCUCUGCGGUAACCUGAUGCACUACGAUACCAUUAGCGUUCCUUUAGUUUACACUCAGGUGGUGACGUUGGCUGUGUACACAUACUUUUUAACGACCGUAAUGGGUCGGCAGUGGGUGCAAAAUUCGCCGAAGUCUACAGCGACGACGAUCGAUGUUUACUUCCCAGUAUUCACGACAUUGCAGUUCUUUUUUUACAUGGGUUGGUUGAAAGUAGCCGAGACUUUGAUCAAUCCGUUCGGCGAGGAUGACGAUGACUUCGAGGUCAAUUGGAUAAUUGAUAGAAAUUUACAGGUAAGCUAUCUAAUUGUCGACGAGAUGCACCACGAGCAUCCGGAAUUGAUCCGCGAUCAAUAUUGGGACGAUGUAUUUCCCGCUGAACUCCCAUAUACAGCCGCGUCGCAGGCUUUCCGCGAAGAACAUCCGCAACCGUCCACGGCUGGAAUUCAGUUAUCCGCGGCGCAACAAGAACUUCAACCAUCCUCGGUCAGAAUCGAUGAAAUGGCGGGAGAUUAUCAGCAAAAGUUUAAUAGUGACGUAGCGGACGAUGCCAUUUCCGGUAUACACUUCACGGCUCAUGGCAAAAUGUCAAGAAGUGCUAGUAGAGUGAGUGCACGGGAUCGUACUCUGAGCGGAGGUUCAACGCCAAGUAACAUAGGAGGCUCCCUAACGAGAAUUAACAGCGUGACCAGUGUUCUGAAACGAUUGUUCAGUAAAGAGGACAGGCCUGACAGCGGUCCAUCGAGUGGUACUAAGACGCCUAGAAGACUCGCUUCGUCGAGUUCUGUGGCGUCAUUACAGAAUCGUGCAAUCGAUGGAGGAGGAUCGAUGAGGAUCGGAGUAAUCAAGGAGGAGGCGGAUGAACAGAUGACACUGACGUCGAUGAAGUCGGAAAAGAGACCUCACGUGCAGAGCAUAUUUUCUCAAGGACCGCCACCUCCGAGUGCUCCUGUUGCCGUUCCUAGCAUGGAAAAGACGCGAAACGGACAUAUAUUUUCGACCAGCGCUCCUAUUCCUAUAACUACUGGUGUGUCGGUCGGCAGCAACGGCAAUGGCAUCCGCGAUGGCAGAUACAUGUCAAGCUCACAACAAACUGCAGAGUCAGCGCGAUCGAGUAUAGCUUACGAACCAGCAACGAGCGUUGGUAGUGCUAUCGUGGAUGAUCUUAUUAGUACAGACAGUUCGUCGAGUGCCAGCAUUACGUCUGUUGACGAAUAUUCACAAUUGAGGACGGAAAGGCAAAAGCACAAGCAGGAUAGAACGGCACAGAGGAUGGCUAUGAGUACGAGUGGGAGUAAAAUGUUCAGCUCACAUUCGAGGAGUCCUGGGGAUAGUAACGAGCAGUUCUUAUUAUCGGAGCUAGCAAAUACCUCACGCUUGUCCAUGAAUCCUCAAGAGGAAGGAGGAACUAAUGACAAGACUGUUGAGACUAAUCGUCUUUAGCAAAACCCUCAAUGGUUCUAUUUCGAAGUUUAACGUUUAACCGUGUAAACGGUAUUUGGAAAAAAUAUAUAGUUUCAUAUGAUAUUUAAAAAAGGUGAUCAAUAAUUGAUCGACUUAAAGCUUUGGCGCAUUCAUAUAAGUGUCAAAAUCGAUUCAGUCUGAUGAAGAUCUAUCUGUCUGUUAUCACAGUAUAUACAAAGCUUUUUUUCUAUAGAAUGGAAGCAAGUAUUAAAUAUUGCGUGAUAGAAGGUGCAUUGAUAUUCUUCUGGUUUUAUAAGAAAAUGUGCUGAACGAAAAGACUUUAAAAUUAUCCUUUACACUUUACGCGCAGUGUACUAAUUUCUAACAAGAUUUAUGAUGAUCGACGAAUAGUUCGUCUUCUGACGAAAUUCUAUUAAAAAUCGUUUUGAACAUCAACGAUUACUGGCACAAAAAAAAACAAUUGAAAGUACUACUGUGUAUGAACAAUGGGUUUGCUAUGUACACCGGUAUACCUAUCAGUUCAAAUUCUACGUAUCGAGAAAUGACAAUAAUAAAUGAAACAUUGUCAUCGAAUUCGUCUUAGAGUAAUUAAGAUUUUAUACUUAUAGAAAACAAUAGCUAGAAUAAUUAAAAUCGUUCGCGAUUGAAGAUAAUUAUAAAAACAGGGCUGUCUGUAUGACUCUCGUCUUUUACGAUACAUUAUUAUUGAUGUAAAAGAUGAUUGCUAGCGCAGGAUAAUAUAUGUAUGUAUAAAUUUACAUUAGUGUUACUUCUUUUUAUUUAAUUUCAUCGUUUAAAAUUAUGGAAACUGACUAAACGCUCAAAGGGUUUCCGGUUAAAUCAAAAGGCGUCCAAAAUAAACGAGGGACCUUUAUGACUUCUGCAGAUUUCAACGUCUGCAGAAACAUUGAAAGUGCCUAUCUUGUGCCUAUACAAUCGAAGUACGUUUCACACUUAUUUUAUCGUUAAAUAGAUUCUAAGUUUAUAGUUGUUUGAGCAGUACGUGAUCGAUAUCACGGUCGAAACUUAGCGCUUUUGUACAGCAAUGCGUUCGAGUAAGCACAUUCCGCAAUACACAUUUAGGUCGAUGACAAAGUCGCUAAAACGAUCGCACAUUCACAAGAUUAUUUGAUACUAAUUAAUUUGAUAAUUUUCUUACAUUUGUAACUUGGCCCACAAUACUUUCAAGUAAUACAUUGAGUUUAACUACGAAUAGUACGGCUAGUAAAUUUUAAAGGAAAAGCGGAAAGUAUUCCUCCUAAGGUUUCUGAAUAUCUUGUACUUAUAUAUUAUGUAAAUAUCCAUGUACAGAAGCUUGUAAUUAGAAUUUAAUACAUUGCGUAAUUGACUCUCGUAACUGCCUCUGUACAAUUCACGCUAAAUAAUUAGUUUAUCAUUUUGGAAUCACAUUCCACAACUCGUGUAAACCCGAUGGUGCUCAUAUUUAUAAGCGUCAUACACGAUAGCGUUACAGUAUUGAAAUACCUUUUCGGAUUGUUAGAUAGAAAUGUUGAUUUUUUCUCGAAUAAAUAAAACUUACCUCUAAA